AUUUCCCCUAUGAACAAAACUACCAUUUUAGAAUUUUUUCAAUAUCCAGAUGGGCAGUAUAUUUCAAAGAAUUUGACAGCUCCCUGUCACGAAGUAGUGUGUAGGCUUCUGAAUUUUUGAGAAAUCGUGAAAGCUGUAAGAUGCAGGAAGACCCUGUGUAUGAUUAUCCGGACCCCCACCCAGUGGGGGAGAAGCGGGUAUGUCCACAGCGAGGCUCCCUGAAGAGCAUUAGUGUGUUGGAUCGCCUGCUGCUCACAUACCCAGUAUGGCUGCAGCUGUCCAUCAACUCUGCCACAGCCCUGCACAUCCUACAGCGUGAACCUCCAGGGACCUUCCUGGUGCGAAAGUCAAACACAUCCCAGAAAAAAAUGCUAUGUGUCAGGCUAGCCGAUGAAAGUGUGCCAUCGUUUGUCAAGCAGUUUGUUAUCCGAGAGAAAGACUCAACCUUCUCCUUGGAGACUUCGGCCAUAAGUUUCCCAGAUCUCUGCAGACUCAUUGCCUUCUACUGUGUCAGUCGGGAUGUUCUUCCUUUCACUCUGGAGUUACCAGAGGCUAUAGCCAAGGCUUCCUCCCACAAACAGCUAGAAUCCAUCUCUCAUAUGGGUGUGGAGUUCUGGAGCUCUCAGUUGAACUUUCGUGGUCCUCGUAAUGGUCCUCCACCAGUAGCUGAUGGAUCCCUUCUCCAAAAAUCUACCCUACCAGACUGUGCCAUGUCUAUUAGCGAGAGCUCAGCCUUGUUCCAGGAGUUCUGUCAGCUUCGCACACGAAGUCCCUCUGAGCUGGAUAUGGGGGCAGGGCAGGGUGCGUUGUGUUUCAUCAACCCACUAUUCUUGCAAGACCACCCGGCCAUGCACAAGCGCCAUCAUUUCAAGCGCAGUGUAAAAGUUCGCGUCUCCACCGAGAACACUAGCUCACUGUCACCUCCUGUCUCCCCACCACCACCUCCACCACUGCUGGCCAAAGCCAAGGUUAAAGGAAAGAAUCUGCAGCAUGCCGAAGUGGUUAGCACCGCUGAGGUGGAACCUACGGAGAAGCCAGAAGCUCUGGGUGCAGUUUCAGACUAUCUGCAGCCCUGUGUCACUCUACCAAAGAAGGCCUCUACCAUAGUCAUGCCCACCCUUUCUCCUACUGUGGAGGAGGACGACUACCAGCUGCCCAAAGCCCUUCAGCAGGCUCGUCAGAACGUCUCGGUGGUGAGAGAACAGCAGGAUGAGGAUGAGGAUGAGGAGAUAGGGCUGGUAAUGGAACAGCAGCGUAUCCCGUCCCUCAGCGAGCUGGAGAGCAGCAGCUCCCUCAGCAGCCUUGACGAGGCAGAGGAGGGUCCUGAGAGGCCUCCCCUGACCCGGGGCACCAGCAACCCUACCGUGGCCUCCCUAUGUCUUCCUCGCCAGUCAGCCUCCGCCCUGCGCAAGAUGAGCGCCGCCUUCGUGUCCUUCUUUGUGCCGGGGAAGCGAGUCGCACGCCUGGUGGAGGACCUUUCCCGCGAUAGACGGAUGGCCUUCGGGACACUGGUGCAGGACUUCCUGAGGCAGCAGAGGGAGGUGCUGAAGCCACAGUUCUUGACGUCCUCUGUGGAGCUUCUGCAGGGCAUGCGUAUCUUCAUUAGCCAGGCUAAGGUUUUCCUCCUGGAGUGUGGAGAGCUUGAACCCCCAAUUGACAUGCUAGUACCUGAAGAUGAGAAAGAUCAGACACUGGAAAAAGCCCUGUUCCGCUGCGUGCUAAAGCCUCUGAAAAGACAGAUUGAUGAAGCACUGCACGUCUUGCACGAGCGAGACGGCUGUUCUAAGAGAAUUGCUGAGAGCAUGCAAAGAGCCAGAAAGGCAUCACCAUGCGACCUCUUUGGGGUGCAGGUUACUGUGCCAGACACCCAGGGCAUUGAUAAGUUAAGGCGGAAGAUGUCUCUCGUGCGACGUGCCUAUUCACCCAUCGACAAGUUACAUUUGCUGCUGCAGAUCUGCAAGCUUAUAUAUAAAGCCAUGAAGAACAACGCAGGGCAAGAAUUUGGAGCAGAUGACUUCUUGCCAGCUCUUUCCUAUGUAAUAGUUCAGUGCAACAUGCCUGAGCUCUCUGUGGAGGUGGAAUACAUGAUGGAACUGCUAGACACCUCUUGGCUUACAGGAGAAGGUGGAUACUAUCUGACCAGUGUUUAUGCCAGCCUCAGCUUUAUCCAGAGCCUGCCUGAAGCUGUGGCCCCUACUGCACUCACCCAGGAGGUCAGGGAAUCGCUGAAGAACUGGAGCCACCGCCGAAGGACUGACAACAAGAGCCACAAAGACCUUCUGCAACAGAACUUUGUAAAGGUGGUGUUCCAAGACGGAGAGUGCAGCCUAAUGAAGACUUUGCAGUGGAAGGCUGGGACCAGUGCUGAGACUUUGGCACAGCUCUGUGCGGUGAAGUUUGGGGUGAACCAGCCAGAGGAGUACAGCCUGUACUGGAGAAGGGAUGGAGAGCUGGAGCCACUGCCUCCCACUGCUUACAUUCAGGAUCUCCAGAGCCUGGGCACCACAAGUGCUCCCUUCAUCUACCAGUGCUCGGGUCCGGAUAUGAAGUCCCGCAAGUUGACCAGGGGAGGCGCUUUGGACCUUUCUGCGGAAGCCUCGUAAUAGUCCUUAUUCAUCAGCAUUGCAAACAAAUCAGCACAGAUUUGACCACCCUGAAAAACAUGCCCUGUUUCUUCACUUACAUAUAAUUUGCAAAGGGCCCAGAAUUGACCUCACAUACAGUGCUUGCAUUAAACAUGCUCCAAUUCAUGCAAGUGUAGCACUAAUAAACCAAUAAAAGGCAUUUAGCAGAUUAGACAUAGUCGAAUUGGAAGAUGAACUGAAGGAAGUAAAUUCACAGAAAAAAAGAGAAAGUAGAAACUUGGUGUUUGUUCAUACUCAGUUGAAGUCAUAAUUAUUAAAAUUAUAGUCUGCAAAGUCCAAUUAACAUAUACAAAUUAUACAUAUUGAAUAUCUGAAAUCACAUUUUAGUACUAGAACUCCCAUUACUAUUAAUAAUAAUAAUAAUAAUUAUUAUUAUUAUUACUGGUGUUAUUUCCUUUUUUUCAUGACAUUUCUGAUAUCAGUGAUGUUAUUGCUAACAAUUUGAAUAAUCUAAUUAUAAACCAAGCAAUUCCCAGGUUGUUGAAAUAUGCUCAAAUUCACACACCCUCCAACCAGACAUAAGUUUAUUCAUACAAAUACACCAAAGAUAAACCUGAUGAAUAAGGAAAUUGUCAGGGAAAUUUGUGUGCCCUCCUUUGAUGACCAUAAUUGAUAAUAUUCAGCUUUUAAAAAGGGUCCACAUGACUUGGAGAAUCUGUGUUAAACAGCCCGACACUCCGAGUAGACUCGUUAUAAAUGUCUCGGCUGAACAAUAUCUCAAACAAUUUAUUCAUGGGUCACUGGAUGCUAAAUGUGAAUAUUUUGUUUUUAUGUAAUAAUAAGGUCACAGCUGUCACAUUUCAUUGUAUAUUAUAUUUAGUACUGAGUGUUUCUGCAGUCAUACAUCAACAGACUAACCUCCAACAGUUGGAAAUGGAGACCUAAAUUCAUUAUGCUGUAAUAAUACUAGAGUCUGUGUACAAUUGACUUUAUGUUGAUAACGCUAUAGUAGUUACUAAUAGUUGUAGUUACUCUAUAUGACAUAGUACAGCUCUUUACAAUACUGAUCUAAAUACUUUAUAUUAUACGUUUUAGUGUGCAUCUUGCUCCCAGCUCACCUGACCUGCUCCCAGUUCAUUGACUGAUUAACAAGCCCUUCAGUCAGGGAAACACUAAAAUGUGUACUGCAGGAGUACAAGGCAGAGUGUAUACGACGCUUAGAAUAGCAUUAUGUAUUAUGGUGUGAAUGGAUGCUUUUGAGAUGCCUGUAAGCUUUCGAGACAAAUCUGGUAACAGAUUGAUGGCAAUAAGGUCUAAAGGCAGUGGUAUCUUAAUGGUUAAGGUAUGUGAUUAGCAAUCAGAAAGUUGCCAGUUCAAGCCCCACUAAUGACAAGGUGCCACUGUUGGACCUCUGCGUAAGGGCCUUAACCCUCA